AUGAGAAAAUCGGAAGAAAUUCAAGAAACUCAAUUAUCGAUGGAUACUUCUUCCGAGAUGGGAAUCUUAAAAUCCUGUUAUGAAAAUUCAUUUGAUAAUGAAUUGUUCAGUAGUCCACUCCCACCUUAUCAAUUGACCUUAGAAAUCGAUGAACUUAUUUCACCACCUAAAAAUUCUCGUAAAGCCAAAAAAUUUCUAAAAAAUCCUCAUACUUCGUCACCUCCAAGACCUCAGAAUGCCUUUGUCUUAUUUCGUCGCGAUUUUUACGCAAAGCUAAGAAUUGAAGGAAUUAAAAUGAAAAAUGGAGAUAUCUCUCGUUUAGCAUCCGAAGAAUGGCAUAAACAACCGAAAGAAGUUCUUCGUUACUUUGAAAUUCUUGAACAAUUGGCGAAAGAUAAACACAAUGAAAUGUAUCCGGAUUACAAAUAUUCCCCCCAAAAAAAUAAUGGAAAGAAAUCAAAAUCAAAAAUUGCACGCCAAAAAAUUAUGAAUUUUGAACAAUCUCCAGAAAGUUACAACGAAAUGAGUGAUGUGACAUCAGAAGAACUGGAAAAAAACUUGGAAACUCCUAUAAUUGAAAAUAUUAAUGUCUCUGAUCCUACUUUUUCGGAAUCUACAAAUCUUGAUUUUCUAUUAUAUUCCGAAUAUGAGAUAAUAAAUAAUUUUGAGCAAGAAUAUGAGAUGAUAAAUAAUUUCGAUCAGCUAGAGAUCGAUCAAACUUUCGAACAAAUUGAUCAAACCUUCGAACCGGAGAUCGAUCAAACUUUCGAGCUGGAGAUCGAUCAAACUUUCGAGCUGGAGAUCGAUCAACCUUUCGAGCUGGAGAUCGAUCAACCUUUCGAACUGGAGAUCGAUCAAACUUUUGUUCAAGAACUUUAUAAAACUUUUGAUCAGGAAAUUGAUCACACCUCCUAUCAAGAAAUCUUCGAUACAUAUUUAUUUAUAUCUGAAUCUUAA